AUGAGAGCCGGCACACUGACGAUACGAGAACCACGUGUUCUUGCUACGGUACCACGUGCGCUUUCGUUGACAGCUGACUUUCGACAAUCGUACGGCUACGCGGCCGCCGUGACUUUUUGUCGAUUCAGAACCACAGGUCCGGAUCGUCAGAAGACACUUUUGACAUCAGGGGCAGCUCACCAACGUGAUAUUGCUGCUACGGGCAUGGAAUGCAACGUGGACUUGCAGCGAAAACCGAUUCACUUCUACCGGUCGCACCGUAGGUUGCGCCGAUGUCGGAAGCAUUGGCGCAAGAUCGAAAGCUUCAUCGUCUCUUCGGCUCGCGUGUUUGCUUACCUCGAGUGA